AUGAUUUGCCACAAAAAAUAUCUAAUUUUUAAAGAAUCCUUCACUGUCGAAUUACGUUCCAAUGAAGUUGUCUUAUAAAAUAUUAAAAACCAGAUUACGAAUAUUCUAAAAUUACAAGAAAACUCUGUAGUGAACUGGAAACUAGAUAAAAGGAAUGGUAGAAUUAUUGGCUUCGGCAUUCAGAUUGAAAGUCAAUGGGAAUACUUCUACAUGGAUAAAUAGAAUUUAACUUUGCUUAAGUAAUUUCUUGAUGGAAAGGUGCGAUAUCACAAUAUUUUUAAAUUAUAUCAAAUAAUCGGCUUUCUUGGUUCAGGAGCAUUUGGAACUGUUUUUAAGUGCUAAUCCAAAUAUGAUGGGAAGUUGGUGGCUUGCAAAUCAAUCAAGAAGUGUAGAAAGUACGAUGAUAAAGUAAGAGAAUUUUCUAUUAUCGAGGACUUUUUGAAUGAAGUGUUCUGUAUGCAGAAUCUCAAACAUCCAAAUAUGGUGUAGCUUAAGGAAUUCUAUAUCGAGUAGAAGCACUUUUACAUUUUAAUGGAACUUGUUGAAGGGGACACCUUGAGAAGACUGAUAAAAAAGAAUUAGUUAGAUGAGAACGAGAAGCUGAUUAUUGUUUAAGUAUAAUUUCAAAUGAGUUAGUAACUAUUAUCACUAGUUAAUUAUUUUCAUUAAGAAGGAUUUAUUUAUCGAGAUUUUAAACCAUAAAAUGUAGUUUUCUUUUAAAAUAACAUUGGAAAGUUGAAGCUGAUAGAUUUUGGACUUACGAUCUCGAUAAAUGAGGAGGUUUGCAAUACAGAUUAAUUGUGUGGUACUCCAGGAUAUAUGGCUCCAGAAGUAUUUGAAAAGAACCAUAAUUACAAUUUUAAAUCAGAUAUGUUUAGUUUAGGAGUUAUGAUUUAUGAAUUGUAAACAUUUAUUUAGAUAGAUAGGUUUUCUGGAGAAUAUUUAAUAUAACAUCCCGAUUCCGAAGAAUUGUUAAAUACGAAUAAGAUAUUCAAAUUUAACAAGGAGAUCUUAUCAACAAUUAAGAAUUCAACAAUCUAGAGACUAUUGUAAGGGAUGUUGCAAGAGGAUCCUACUUUGAGAAUCAACAGUAGGGAGGCAGUAGAGAUAUUUAAACAAAUGAAUUGCAGUUGUGAUGAAUUUUUGACUACUCAACACAGAUUGAUUUAUUUAUGUGUAUCUAAAUACUUAAUUAACUAUUUGAGACUUGAUAUUAAUGUUUGA